ACAUACAUAUAAUACAUAGAGAAUUAUAGACAUAUGUACAUAUAUACAUUCCCAAGAUGUUUGCCAAUUUGUUGCGCUUGUAUCAGCUGCCGCGUCUGGUGCUGCAGGCGCCGCCAAUCCGCGCUUUGAGCGCCUCGGAGCCGCGCUUUAAGCUGGACGCGUGCAACAUGUAUGAGAAGCUUAAGUUCGAGUUCGACGAGGAGAACAAGAAGCGGGCUGAGUUCUUGAUAUCCACCUAUCCGGAGCCGGAGCGACGCGGAGCUCUGCUGCCCCUGCUCGACCUGGCGCAGCGACAGCAUGGCUGGCUGCCCAUCACAGCGAUCCAGGCCGUGGCCGAGAUGCUCAAGCUGGAGCCGUUUGUGGUGUGGGAGGUGGCCAAUUUCUAUACCAUGUUCAAUCUGCGUCCCAUUGGCAUGUUCAGGCUGAAGGUGUGCAUGACCACGCCCUGUCGGCUGCGUGGCAGCGACGACAUAUGGCGCACCUGUGAGAAUGCAUUGAAAUUGAAGGAUGGCGAAACAUCGAAGGACAUGCAGUUCACCCUGACUGCCACCUACUGCAUGGGCGCCUGCGUCAAUGGGCCCGUAAUUGCUGUCAACGAUGAUCUCUACGAGGAUCUGGAUGUGCCGGAGACAGAGAAACUGCUGUCGGAAUUGAAAUCUGGCAUAAUGCCGCCAGCAGGACCGCGCCGAGAUCGUUUCGCCUCUGAGCCCAGAUCCGGCCUGACUAGCUUGUUAACUGAGCCACCGUCCGCGGGCUUUGGCAUGCAGGAGCUGAGUCCCAAGGCGAAGCCAUGUUAAGAAUGUUUUCCACACUGAUUUUCUUUGGGUUAAGGCAAUAAAUUUGCAUUUAUUAUGACCAACAGCAGCAGCAGCAGCAGCAGCAAUGGCAUAAUAUUAAA